CUUACUUUUGAAUUAAACAACGACUUUGAAAGGACAGUAACACGAUGAAUUUGGAAAUAUUCCUUACUCUGGCACUUUUGUGUUUUACUUGCGGUUGGCCGAAGGGUAUAAGUUCUUCAAAAGCAGUGGAAGUUAACCAAAAGACAAGUGUCUAUCCCAGACGGAGCUCAGGCAGAGAAAACAUCCAUCGUCACGAUGAAAAUUCAGAUGAAAAUUCAGAUGAAAAACAGUCAGUCUCAAGGGAAUCCAAAGAAGCUGAAGAAUCUGAUGAAAAUGAUUUAAAAGAAGAUAAAGCACUUGCAGUCAGUGCUGAUGAAAAGAGGGGGAAUGAAAAAGACACAGUAUCAAUGACAACACCGAAUUCGCCAAGAAUAAGUGAAAAUACAGUAACGAUGCCUGUUUCUCAGGAAAAGGAUUGUCCUACGCAUUCUGGGAAUGAUGAAAUCUGCUGGAAUUUUGAAAAAGAACACUGCGAGUUCCUCUCCUAUGUAGGCGUGUUUUCCUAUGGAAGGUCUUGUGAAAGUGAUGAUGAUUGUAAGGAGUCUGAUCCGUGCCAAAGUGGAAAAUGCUGUCAUAUUCCCUGUGAUAACUUGAAUAAUCAGAUGUGCCGGUAUCCAGUAGAUAAUGCAGGAAAUAGAUAUAAUAUAGCAAAUUCUUUCUAUCCAGAAUGGAAUCGGGAUAGCUAAGGUUUUUUUUUUUUUUUUUUUUUAAAGUGUCUAUGUUUAUAGAAAAAAAAGAAGCAAUCUUUUUGACGUAAAACAAUAAAGACAA